AUGAGUGAUGUCGAGGCAGUCUCUUUACCCGCUGCCCUGGACGUCGGUUCCAAUCCCCUCUCUGUAUUAAAGGAACAUCCAUCGGAAUUAUCAGCACUGACUCAUGGGAACCCGGCUCAACCUGCUCGUAGUAGUCAUGAUUUGGAUACCGGGGCAUUAGAUGAUGACGGACAGGGUCCCCCAAGCCCCAAAGCUGACUCGGAGGCAGAAACUAUUAUUCAGUCUGGUCGGGAGUCGCUGUCACCAGAGAAGAAAAGGAAACACAUAAGACACGACCCGAAUCGUCAGGGAUUUGACUCGGUCGACGGUUCGCUUUCCAAGAAACCGCGCAUUAAUGCCGACCGAAGGCAUUCGCGCUCUAGGUCGCCCAUUUCAUCCGAACGUGCAAAAUCUCCCCCGUCAGCUGUCAAAAUCGAGGUGGAUGAUCCAGAAUCUGUAACACGCGAUUUGCUAAAGCGUAAUGGCACGAGCGAACAUUCAAAGCCUCAAAUUUACCGCAAGAGAAGUUUCAGUGACAGUGUGGAUGAAAAGGGUGACCGCCACAUUGAUUCACGCCUGGGAGUCACCCCUGAUCUUAAACAAAAUAAUCACCUAUCACGACCAAUCUCCAACGCUCGCUCAAUAUCCCCUACUCGCUCAUCUCAUCAAAGAUCUGUUUCUGGUUCCCAUAUUAUCUCCAAGAAAAGGGUACCCACCCCUUUUCUUACUGCUGGUUUCCAACGGCAAGCCUCUGAGGACAGACUUUCUACAUCCUCAUCUGCCAGCGGUUCCCCGUUACCAAGCCUACAGCUGCGGAAGCUUGGCUCUGGGAUAGGUGCGUCGGCGUCUCCCGCCAAGCAUUUGGGUCCGAAGAAGUUGCGUGAUAAGAGUGGUCGCACGCCUCUUGCAAGAGCAUGUGCCGAUCGAAAAUACGACCAAGUAAUUAUUCGCCACAGCGAACGUCCCGAAGAUCUGAAUGUUCCCGACAAUGCUGGCAACACUCCUUUACAGAUUGCCUCCUUGAGUGGAGAGGCUCCGAUCGUCAAGUUUCUUCUGGAUGCCGGCUGUGAAAUCAACUCUAAAAACAUCGACAAAGAUACCCCUCUUAUUGAUGCGGUGGAGAAUGGAAACGUCGAAGUGGUGAAACUUUUGCUCGAAGCGGGAGCAAAUCCUCGCACUGUCAAUGCGUCUGGGGAUGAACCUUACGAGCUAGUACCGCAAGACUUAGAUGACGACGAAUACCGGGAGAUCAGGAAAGCACUGGCUGAUGCCAAGGCAAGCUCAAGACCUAACCGACGCUCAGAAGAGCAAAUUGGUCCACAUAUUAGGGCGUCCUCACGGCGAGCAUCAGCUGCAAGUCCAUCUCGGAGUCCCCCACCUUUGGGUAGCGUAGUCAGUCGCCGCAAAACUGGUCGAAGCGAAGCCACACGGAAUGAUCUAUUGUGGACUCAGCCAACAUCAGAGAAGCUGAGAGAUUUUGCGGCAAAGGGUGACGAACAAGGCGUAGUAAGCAUUUUGAAUAUCCUGCAGAAAGCCGAUGACGCAUCCCUGAUUGCUGCUGCCAAGGGUGGCCACCACGAUGUGCUUUCACUUAUGUACGCAAUGGGUGAUGCAGACGCAGAUCCAAAUCCAGUGCGUGGUGGUGGUCAUAAGCCUGGUUAUAAUACUCCUAUGCUCGCUGCCAUUGGCCGAGGUAAUACCGCAGUCAUCAAACUCAUCCUCAACCAACCCGGUUUCAACCCCACCCGUCGACUGUUUGAGAAUAGAACCUACUAUGAACUAUCACGAUCCCGUCAGGGUGAGAAUUGGGAGGAAGAAUAUGCCGUUUUAAAGGCAGCAUACGAGAAUUUUUCAGGAUCUGACAAAGCCAAGAACUCUCCUCGUCGUGCUCGAAUCAAGGACAAGGAUGAGAAACGAAAAGCUCGACGAGAAUCCUCCUCUCCCGUUCCUCGUUCGAAGAAAUUGGAUGACAGCCAUCGUUUACCCAGGGACGUCGAUUCCUUGAAGGAAAAGCGUCGUGAGAAAGUGAAGGAGAAAGAAAAGGUUGUCCCGCGUGCCCAAGGAAUCACUCGCGACGCUAGCGAUAACGCGCUUGCCAGCUCCGACCAUGAUUCAUCCCAGAACGUGAAGUCUAAAAAGUCUGCUUCAUCGCGAAGGGGUAGUGAAUCGAGUGGUGUGGCUCGAACGGAUGAGGUUCGCAAACGACGACUCAUUGCUGGUCGCCGCCCACAGGAACAAAAUCGACGACCGAGCCUCUUUUCAUCCGAUUCAAUGUCUGGCCGCGAAGAAGCUCCGAAAUCCCGCCCCGAAACCUCUCCUGAUAACUCUUCUCUUAAACGCCUUCGCCCCGAUAACUCCCCAGAGCGUUCUCGCUCCCGUGGCACAGACAGUGACCGCUUAUCCCCUAGUUCACGAAAAAAGAAAAGACGAGUUCUCCAAGAUGAGACGUCCUCUAAUCUUGCAAACAGUUCCCGGAAAAACAACGAGCAUGUUGAUGGUGACAAAAAACCCCGACCCCAAGAAGAUUCCCUACGAAGUGCGUAUGCUGUCACGCGAAAACCUGCUCAAACCUCGAAGGAAUCCACACCCUCGCGGCCUUCGAUAAAUUCAGAUUCCAUUAAGAAAAAUGAAGAUGUGAAGGUAGAGCAAUCCGAACCUCCAACCAAGCCUGUUGCAGAAGUCACAGUUGAUGACAAACAGGCCGAGUUGGCGGCAGAAAAACUUCAGAGGGAUGAGGCCAAGAAAGCCGAGAAAGAUCGUGUGGCAGAAGAAAAGCGCCUCGCUGAAGAGGCCGAAAGCGCUCGUCUCGCCAAAGAGGAAGCGGAUAGAGCCGCAUGUGAAAAGGUUGAGGAAGAUGAACGCAAGCGCAAGGAAGUCGAAGAAAAGCGUGCAAAGCUUGCCGAGGAUGAGCGUUUGAAGCGAGCGGAACAGGAACGCUUGCGCAAGUCGAAAAUGCGCCGAGACCAGGAGGCUCAAGAGCGACGCCGUCGAGAUGCCCUCCCGGGCCGCCUUCGUGUCGCCGCUCACCUGGUCGGUUCCCAAGAGCACCGUGCCAAAAGCCAUGAAUGGCUUAAGAAUUUCAUGCCUCUAGUAACGGCGACAACCCGACAGCUCCAGGGCCGACAGCUUCAGGUCAAUGGUUUUGAUGAGACAGCAGACGAGAGAUGGAUUCCAAAUUACUUGGUUGCGCCCCUACUAGCUACCAACGACCUUCAGUUGUCGCAGUAUGCUAGCUGGGAGAAGCGUAACGCGACCGCAACUCAACGCAUGAAUCUCUGGCGAUGCAGUCGCCGGAUGUUAGUGUACACCGACGAUCCCAAAUAUAGCGAUGCAUCGUUUGGGGACAUUAUGCAGUUGAAUUGCGAGACACGACCCAAGUAUUUUGAAAUGGAACAUAUCUUCUGGAUCAGACUUUCUGACUUCAUGGACCUCGUCCCUCACAUUCCUCAUCUCAACGGACUCGAUCUUGAAUUCGUGAGCAUGCACAUUGAUCCCGAGCCUUCUCAACCCAACGGUCAACCUCACCUAAACGGUUAUACUCCAGCCUAUAUCGAAACAAAUGGUUCUGGGAUGAAUGGCCAUGGCUACUCACGGCCAAACUUCAGCACCUCAAUACCCAACAUGGCUUACAAUAAAGAAAACCGCCCAGCCCAAGAGCUAUCAGCUCUAGCCCAACUGAUCGAAUCGACCUCCACCGAAUCCCCCCUCGCUGCAACAACAGUUCAAGUCCUCCAUAACCUCCAACACCAACACAACUGGACCUCUCUUCAAACCCACGAUAUCUCCAGCCAUGCCUCAGAAAUAAGCCCGUCCACCCUAUCUGCAUCAAUAGCAGUCCAAACAAUCAUCUCAGGAAUCCCUCCAAACCGCAUAUACACCCACCCGGACGAACAACUCUAUAUGCUAGAAAAAGGUCUACGAGAAGAAGAUCUCCGUCCAGAGCGCCUAUUCGUCCUGCCAACAGCGCAAGGCCAGUCAUGGAGUCUGCGUCAGAUGGCAGGUGUGUUUGAUUCACUGGGCGAUAUCCACAUCUUGACUGAGGACGAGAGUGUGUCUGCUGCGGCUGAUGCGUCUACAGAAGCAGAAAAUGAAGCUGAAGCAGUAAAUGAGGCUAAAGAGAAAUUAUUAGAGGAGUUUUAUGUCAGGAAGGAAAAUGCGAAGCUGGAGAAGGAGUGGGGGUCGCAAAGGGUAUUGCUUGCUAUGGUUGAUAAAGCUAUGGGUGGGGAGGGGACUGUUGUUUAUUAUGUUGUGCAAGAGGGGGAGGUUAAGCCGAGGCAGAAUUAG